AUGAAAGCGCGAGUAGAAAGAAAAAAAAUGUUAGGUGAAGAUCGUUCAAUAUCAACAGCUGAUGCAUUGGCUCGUUGGUUUCAAUCAUUUCAAUCUGAUAUUAUUAUUGAUGAAGAUAAUUUACGUUGUCUCACAUCGAAUCCAAAUUUACAAGAUAUUUGGCAAACAAUUAUUCGACAUUGUCAUCCAACUGAUUAUGUCAAAAAAGUAAAAGAAACUCUACGCAUUUCUGAAUUAAAAGAACGUUAUCCAGAUCGAUGGGUACAACAUAAAAAUGCUCAAAUACAGGAAGGUCAAAUUGAACAAAGAAUUAGUCUUCGUUUACGUGAAAUUUAUUCAGCACGUUCAGAACAAUCAACAAAUAUUUUUAAUGAAUUAAAUCGAUUAGUUACAGAAUUAAUCAAUCCAAAUAGUUCAUUAACGGAAAUAUUUCAACAAUCAAUUAAUUUGAAUGAUUUAUGUUCUCUUAUGAAUACACUUAUUCAACAACGAAUUAAUCAACUUAGUAAAAUAGAAAAAGACGAACAAGAACAAAGUUCAACAAUAAUUGAUACUUAUGAAUUAGCUCUUACAAAAGCUAAUCUCAAUUUUACUAAACAAUUUGUACAUUUGGCAAAUAUUCGUAUGGAAUGUGGAAAACUUCGUAGUCGACUUGAAGAUAGUAAACGAGAAGUUUUAUCUCGUCGAUCAUCAAUUGAACAAACACAAUUAAUGUCUAUUCUAGAUGCAAUGAUUGCUAGUAAAUCAGUUGAAGUUCAUUUAAGUUUAUUAAAAAAAAAAGUUCAAACAGAAAUUGAACAAACAAAAAAAUGUGAUGAAAAAUUAAUUCCACGUAUUCAUCAACAAAUAAUUGAAAAACGAAAUGAACUUAAUCGAAUUGAUAAUCAUUUAAAUAAAAUAAUUCAAGAAAAUCCUUUAGAAAAAUUAGAAAAACUUGAAUUAAAAAUUCGUGAUUAUGCUCGACUUUUAAGUGAUCUUCCAACACGUAUUCAUUCAUUAAAUAUAAUGCAUUUAUCAUUAUCAAAUGAUCUUCGUUCAAAUAUUUUAACAUGGCCUGUUGAACAAUUUUCUCGAAUAAAUAUAAUAAAUAAUUCAAUUGAAUAUUCAAUUGAAUCUCCUCCAACACCAUUAAUUAUGAUUCCAUCUCAAACUCCAACAACACCAUUAACAUCACUUAAACAAUUACUUGGAAUACGAACACAAGAUACAACUAUACUUGAACCAUUAUUAACAAAUGAUAUAUCAUCAAUUGAAGAUAAUCAAAAUUGGGAUAAUUAUAUUAAUCAAGAUGAUACAUUAUCAAUUAAAUAUCCAUCAAUAUUAUCAAUUGAUUGGCAUAUUUUAACACGUGUUGAUUAUCAGAUGGAAGAAGCACUUAAACAAUGUCAACAAGAUUUUAUUCAAUAUGAACUCAUUUUUCAAAAUAUUAUCAAAGAAAUUCGCGUCUUACAAUAUGAAUAUAUGAAAAAACCGGCUUUUUGUUCAUAA